CUUAUUAAAUAGAAAUCAUGCUGCGGAGCCUGUGCAAGGUCCCCCCUAAUGUUUCUGCAGUUCGAUCAUGCGGCGUUGACCGUGUUUUAGCUUCAGUUGUUAGUGGUCCCAAAACAAAGAGGGUGCUUGCAGAGUUAUCCACUUUAACACCAAAUAGUAGCAGUAAAUCAAUCCUCAGUAGAACGUCUCCAAUGGGCUCAAUGCAGUCGUCCCGUAAUAGAAAGGAGUUGGCCUCCAUGUCCUCCUCUGCCUCCGCGUGUGCAGUGCAUACAGUGCCUGGUAGCGUGAGUGGACCUGAACUGAUGAAGACAUCGACCAUGACUGUGAACUUAAUAGACGGAGUGGCUGUGGUGUCUCUAGAUGUACCCGACAAUAAGAUGAAUGUUUUAAACGAAGCGGUGAUUGAUGAGAUGCCGAAAGUGCUGGAUCUGAUCGAGGACCACAGUGAAGUGAAGGGUGCUCUUCUGAUCUCCAGCAAGAAGGGCUCAUUCAUCGCCGGUGCUGAUAUCAAGAUGCUGGACAGAUGUGCGAAUGCAGAGGAAGCACAGACCAUAGCUACACAUGGACAGAACUUAAACAACAGAAUAGAGAACUGUAGGAAGCCAGUUGUGGCAGCGAUAGCUGGUCCCUGUCUGGGAGGAGGUCUGGAAGUAGCUCUGGCCUGUCACUACAGAAUUGCACUGGAUGAUCCCAAGACUGCUCUAGGAGUUCCCGAGGUAAUGUUGGGGUUGCUUCCCGGAGCAGGUGGCACAUACAGAAUUCCCCGAAUCCCCGACAUGACCCUGGACAAAGCACUGGACCUCAUCAUGACUGGCAAGCAGCUGAACGCAACCAAGGCCAAGAAGAUGAAGCUUGUGGACGCCCUGGUUGACCCCUUGGGUCCUGGAACUUUAGACUCUGGUCUCAAUACAAUGGAGUAUUUGAAGACAACAGGCAUCAAGACUGUGCUUGGACUAGUCAAGGGAUCAAUUCAGGUCACGCCAUUAGAUGGGAAGAAAAGCAGCAUGACGAACAAAUUAAUGUCUAGUGGGACGGCGAUUGAUUAUAUCAAGAAGAAAGCAACCGAAAAGAUUAGCAAGCCGCCGCUGAAUAAUUACCCAGCGCCUUUUAAAAUUCUAGAAUGUGUACAUAGUUCGUUGCGCAACCGUGAGAGCAAAUCGGAGUCGUUGAAGCGGGAGGCGAAGCUGUUCGGCCAGUUGGCUGCCACAACUGAGAGUCAGGCCCUGAUUGGUCUGUUCAACGGACAGACAGAGUGCAAGAAGAACAACUUCGGAACUCCGCAGAGAGAACCCAAGAACAUAGCAGUGAUCGGGGCUGGUCUGAUGGGGGCUGGCAUUGCACAAGUCACAAUUGACAAGGGCAUUAAUGUCACUCUGAAGGACAUCAGCAACAAGUCACUGGCCAAGGGAAACACUGACAUCUACAAGGGACUGGACAAGAAGGUCAAGAGGAAGAAGAUCUCUUCGUUCGAGCGUGACCAGAUCAUGACGAGGCUGGACUUGACGACAGACUGGGAUGGAUUCAAGGAGGCAGAUGUAGUGGUGGAGGCAGUGUUCGAGGAACUGUCUCUCAAACACAAGGUCCUCAAGGAGACAGAGGCCAACACGCCCGAUCACUGUGUCUUCGCCUCAAACACGUCCGCACUCCCAAUUGCACAGAUCGCCCAAGCCAGCAAGCGACCUGAAAAGGUGGUGGGCAUGCACUACUUCUCCCCAGUGGACAAGAUGCAGCUGCUGGAGAUCAUCACUUACGACAAGACCAGUCAGGACACAGCCGCCACUGCUGUCUCACUCGGACUCAAACAGGGCAAAGUGGUCAUAGUUGUCAAGGACGGCCCUGGCUUCUACACCACCCGUGUUCUGGCCCCAAUCAUGUCAGAGGCCCUUCGUCUGCUCCAGGAGGGAGUUCCGGCUGAGAAGCUGGACAGACUGUCCAAAGUGAUGGGACUGCCAGUGGGCUGUAUCACCCUCAUCGAUGAAGUGGGAGUGGAUGUGGCCAUGCACGUCUCUGAAGACCUAGGAGCUGCCUUCAAGGAACGAAUGGAAGGAGGCAACCCUGGCAUCCUUCGAGAUAUGGUCAACGCCAACCUCAUGGGGCGUAAAUCAGGAAAAGGCUUCUUCGAUUUCCAAUCGGGAUCCAAGAGACGACCUCCAACUCAAGAAGCAGCAGAGAUUGUGGCCAAGUACAACAUGCAGCCGAAGAUUCCAUUGACGGAUGCAGAUAUAAUGGAUAGACUGCUGUUGCGGUUUGUGAAUGAGGCUGUGAUGUGUCUGCAAGAGGAUAUUCUGAGGAACCCGAUCGAGGGCGAUAUUGGCGCCGUGUUCGGACUGGGAUUCCCACCAUUUUUGGGAGGUCCAUUUAGAUAUGUUGACAUAGCCGGUGCCUCGACUGUAGUUGGAAAACUGAAGAAGUACGAAGAAGUAUAUGGGCCUUCAUUCACACCAGCUAAACUUUUACUGGAUCACGCCGGUGAUUCAUCCAGAAAAUUCCACCCUAGAUAAGCUAGGGAGAAUGAAAGAGUGUACUACUCUGGACAAGAGAGUAAGGAGCUCGAGAAGUAAUGAUAAACUGGGAGAAGAUGUUUAUUAAUAACUGAUUAAAUUGUAAAGUGCUGACUCAAACUGACGUUUAAUAACCAACUGAAAAUAGAUUAUUUCAACAGUCGU